AUGUUUGCUUUUACCGAAUUAUCGAUACCAAGAUGGGUCAUUUUUACAAUCAUAUCAUCGUUUUUGUGUAUAUUAGGUGUACUAACAGUCCCAAUAAUAUCAACACUUUAUAGCUCAAAAAAUAAAAAAAAAAGAGAAACUGUCAAUUCAACAUUGUUGAAUUAUGGCUUAUCUAUUUCGAGUGGCUCGAUGUUAACUACAAGUUUAUACAAAAUAUUACCCAAAACUAAUGAAAAAAAUAAAGUAGUUGUUUUUAUCGGAUUUGCUUCUGGUAUUUUGACCAGUUUAUUUUUGAAUUUCAUUGUACAUGCUUAUGCAAGUGAAUCCUUGAUACAUUGUUCUCACGGGGAUGCUGAUAUCAGUUCAGAAGGAGAGGGCGACGAAGAACAAUAUUUACUCCAUUAUGAUACUUAUCAUAACUACACCGAUAAUGAUCCUGCCUUGCAAUCACAAGAGCAAAACUCAAAUCUUACCGUGUCUACUUCAAAUUAUGCCCAUAAAAAUGAAAACAAUCAUCGUAAAACACAGGAUUUAAAACAUGACGAGGCUUUACCCUCAUUAACUAAAAAGAAAUCAUUUAUCGAUCGAAUUUUACAUAGAGAUGACUUAAUAGGUUCAUGCAAAACUUUUUCUAACAAAUGUCAUUCUCCCAGUGCUAUUGUCAAUACAGAUUCCAAUGCCGCUAUCAAUAAUAAUAACGCUGGUGUUUCUGCUACCAAUGAUACAUUUACCGAUAAUAAUAAUAACGUUGAAAAUGCUCCUCAGCACAAUAUUCAAAAUGAGGACAAUGUAUGUUUAGGAAGCGCUAUAGGUUAUGACUUGCAAAAUUUGGACCAAUACAGAAAAAAUUUCUUUGAUUACGAAAAUUGCUCUUCCGUUAUACCAUCUGUUCAACAUCCAACACAAGAUAUGAUUGAACAUAAUCACAAUAACAGCGGCACUAAUCACCACAACCAUAAUACUACAUUUAGAUCAAAUUCUGUUGUGAAACAUGGAAGUAUUUCCAGUCUGCCACUAUCAGCUCAUCAAAAUCAUUUAGAUGACCACCAUCAUCAUGUAGAGACGCCAUUUUCCAAGUUAUUAUCGAUUGGUAUUCAAACAUGCGUGGUACUAACUUUACACAAGAUACCCGAAGGUUUAAUUUUAUUUUACACCAACGUCAAAGAUUCAACUGGUGCCCAGUAUGAUUUGUCUGAAAAAAUUGACGAACAAAAUAAUACUUUAGGCUUUUCAAUUUUUUUAAGUUUGGCAAUUCAUAAUUUCAUUGAGGGAUUUUCAAUGUGUUUACCAUUAUAUACUGCCUUAUCAAGUAAAAUCAAAGCUAUAUUAAUUGUUAGUGUGUUAGCUGGUGGCUCUCAACCGUUAGGUGCCGUACUUGGUUAUUUAUUAAAAAAAUAUACCGGAUCAAAGGAUAAGGAUGAUAUAAAAUCCUCCAAGACAGAGUUAUGGUUACUAAGUAUUACUGCUGGGUUUUUGUUUGUUAUUUCACUACAAAUGUUCCAAACAGCUAUUGGUUUUAGUGAUGUUCAUACUAAUAAUGAUGAUGAGCAUGGAUAUAUGAGCAAUAAUAGUUAUGAAGGAAGUAGCGAACAAGAACAAGAACAAGAAGAAGAAGGACACACAAAGCAUACUGUAGGUACUGCCUGUGUUAAAUGGUGUUGUUUGGGAUCUUUGUUGAUUAUAUUAACUGGCUUAUUUGUAUAA